AUGAAGGCGGCAAUGGUUCAGGCAGAGGAAGCAGCUGCUGAGAUUACUAGGAAGAAACAGGAGAAGAAACGCUUGAAGAAGGAAAAGAAAAGACUGGCUGAGAUUGCCCUGGUGUCUUCAGAAAACAGCAGUAGGACCCCGGAGGAAUGUGAGGAGACAAGUGAAAGACCCAAAAAGAAGAAAAAGCAAAAACCCCAGGAGGCUCCUCCGGAGAAUGGAAUGGAAGACCCAUCUGUCUCCUCCAAACCCCCCAAAAAGAAAUCUUUCUCCAAGGAGGAGCUGGUUAGCGAUCUUGAAGAGACAGCUGGCAGUGGAAGUCUUACCAAGAGGAAGAAAUCUUUCCCCAAAGAGGAACCAGGUAGUGACCCUGAAGAGUCAGGAAACAAGAGGGUUUCCGAGAAAAAGAGGAAAUUCUCUUCCAGGGAGGAGCCUCUCAGCAGUGGACCUGAAGAGGCUGCUGCCAGCAAGAACAGCAGCUCCAAGGAAAAGAAAAAGCUCCGAAAGCUGUCCCAGGAAAAUGAGAAUGGACAUUUACCUUGUAGGGCAUAACUUACAGAGAUAUUUCCCAGCCCAUCCCCUA